AGGUCAUAGUUCAGGCGCUUGCUGAUCCGGUGGUGGUGUUUUUCAGUAGCAGAGAUUAUUUUUUAUUAUUAAUAUUUAGAUUAAGACUGGUUUAAAAUAGGUACUCCGCAGUCCCCGGGAGAUCAAUUCCAGGCUCUUCAGAGAAUGCUGGCUACAGGAGCAGUAAGAAUGAAUAGUUAUGGUUUUGUUACGGUGUUUUAGGCCUCAAAACAAACGAAUCCUUCAGAAUUACCAAGAGGGGUAGACUGCGGCUAAGAUAAUGUUAGCUAAUACACUGCUAGCCCAGCUAACGGGUCUAAGUAACGCUAAGGCUGUAAGCACAGCGCUGGCGCAGGUGGAUAGGGAAAAGAUAUAUCAGUGGAUCAAUGAGCUGUCCAGCCCAGAGACCCGGGAGAAUGCCCUACUGGAGCUCAGUAAGAAGCGUGAGUCUGUUCCGGACCUGGCUCCCAUGCUCUGGCACUCCUGUGGCACAAUCGCGGCGCUGCUGCAGGAAAUUGUCAACAUAUAUCCCUCCAUCAAUCCGCCCACCCUCACAGCGCACCAGUCCAACCGAGUGUGCAACGCCCUCGCGCUUCUGCAGUGUGUCGCGUCCCAUCCGGAAACAAGGUCUGCGUUUCUGGCUGCCCACAUUCCGCUGUUCCUCUACCCCUUCCUCCAUACGGUCAGCAAAACGCGUCCUUUCGAGUACCUGCGUCUCACCAGCCUCGGAGUCAUAGGAGCUCUGGUAAAAACAGAUGAACAGGAAGUGAUCAACUUCUUACUGACCACAGAGAUCAUUCCCCUGUGCCUGCGCAUCAUGGAGUCCGGCAGCGAGCUUUCCAAAACGGUUGCUACUUUCAUAUUACAGAAAAUACUCCUGGACGACACGGGGCUGGCGUAUAUUUGUCAGACAUACGAACGCUUCUCCCACGUAGCUAUGAUACUUGGGAAGAUGGUGCUGCAGCUCUCCAAAGAGCCAUCGGCUCGACUGCUGAAGCACGUGGUGCGCUGUUAUCUCCGCCUCUCUGACAAUCCCAGAGCGCGGGAGGCCCUCCGCCAGUGCCUGCCAGACCAGCUGAAGGACAGCACCUUUGCCCAGGUGCUGAAGGACGACACCACCACCAAGCGCUGGCUGGCACAGCUGGUGAAGAACCUGCAGGAGGGGCAGAUCACAGAUGCCCGGGGCAUCCCCCUAGCCCCGCAGUAACCAGGAGCCCUGAGCUGCCCAGUGCUGAGCACGGACACGGGAACGGGCGGGCAGAGCUGGGCCCACUGGACAACCAGCACAUUGUCUGUCGAGUCUUUGCAAAGACUCAAAGCAAAAAUGACUAGACUGUUCUAUUGGUUCAGAAACCAGCUGGCGAAGCUGAGGUCCAGGGCUUCCCUGGGGAAGGGUAUUCAGUUCUAAUGUGUGUGCUAAUGCCUUUCUGGUAAAGGAGAUAAUGCCUCGGGAUGCCAUGUUCAGUCUUGGCCUUUGUCUGAACGUGAUUUAGAUUCCUCAGUAUUUUUUAUGCAUUUCUAAGUCUACUGUAAAUGCACUGUGCUGUAAAGCACAUCUUGGUAAAUAACUUGACAGGAAUAUUAUGGCACGGAAGCCACGUAUAUUUGUCCGACUUGUAUUAAAUAUCCUUUGCUUGCUCUGUGAAGUCUUAAGUUCAUAUUCAAGAAAAUAUAUUUUUUUCCUGUUUGGAUUUUUUAAAAUCCAAUUUGAGAUGUAUUUUUGAAUGUAUUCACAAUUGAAUUUACAUUGUGAUUUGCUUCACAUUAAAUCUUGAGAUAAAGGUUUCAAAAUAUUGAAUAGAA